UUGCGCAUGCGCUGUAUUGCAUUCCAAAGCUUCAUUGGAGAUGAGAGCAGUUCCAACUUGGGUGGACAAAGUCCACGAUAGAGACAAGCAAGAACAAUGUAUUUGGGCUUUAUGUUUCAAGCCAGAUGGAAGUCAGUUGAUUGUUGCCGCAGGAAACAGGGUACUUGUAUAUGAUACAAAUGAUGGGACACUGAUUCAACCAUUGAAGGGACAUAAAGAGGCUGUCCACUGUGUUUGUUAUGCUAAAGAUGGUAAGAGGUUUGCAUCUGGAUCUGCUGAUAAAAGUGUUAUUAUCUGGACCAAUAAACUUGAAGGAAUCCUCAAAUACACACACAAUGAUGCAAUACAGUGUAUGGCAUAUAAUCCAGUUACACAUGCCCUAGCUAGUUGUGCAGUUACUGACUUUGGUCUUUGGUCUCCUGAACAAAAAUCGGUGUCAAAACACAAGGUAAGCAGUAGAGUAACUGCCUGCAGCUGGACAAAUGAUGGACAAUAUUUGGCCCUAGGACUUUACAAUGGACUUGUCAGCAUUAGAAACAAGAAUGGAGAAGAGAAAGUAAAGAUAGAAAGACCUGGUGCCACCUCAUCACCUAUAUGGUCACUGGAGUGGAACCCGUCUAGGGAUGAAGCAUAUGAUGUGCUGGCUGUUGCUGACUGGGGUCAAAGGUUAUCUUUCUAUCAGCUCUCUGGCAAACAGAUUGGGAAAGACAGACAGCUAGGACAUGACCCAUGUUUUGUUCGCUGGUUCUCCAAGGGGGAAUAUGUAGUAAUCGGAGGUUCCAACAAACAGUGUAAUCUUCAUACAAAGGAAGGCGUUAAACUAGGAACUAUUGGCGAUCAGCAGUCCUGGGUGUGGGCAGCUGCUGUUAGACCAGACUCUAAUUAUGUGGCUGUUGGUUGUCAGGAUGGAACUAUAGCGUACUAUCAGCUAAUAUUUAGUACAGUACACGGUCUAUACAAGGACAGGUACGCAUACAGGGACAACAUGACUGAUGUCAUUAUACAGCAUCUGAUAACAGACCAGAAAGUGAGAAUCAAGUGUAGAGAUCUAGUAAAGAAAAUAGCUAUAUAUAGGCACAGACUAGCUGUACAAUUACCAGACAAGAUUGUAGUGUACGAGUUAUACUCUGACGAUGCUGCAGAUAUGCACUACAGGGUCAAGGACAAGAUAAACAGGAAGUUUGAAUGUAACCUGCUUGUUGUCUGCUCGCAAAAUAUCAUAUUGUGCCAGGAUAAGCGAUUGCAGUGUUACAGUUUCCAGGGAGUGAAGGAGAAAGAAUGGGUAAUGGAGUCAUUGAUUAGAUAUAUCAAGGUGAUAGGAGGACCUCCAGGCAGGGAGGGGCUUCUUGUAGGCCUCAAAAAUGGACAAAUCCUGAAGUUAUUUGUAGACAACCCGUUCCCUAUAGUGCUGUUAAAACAGAGCACGUCUGUACGCUGUCUGGACAUGAGUGCCAGUAGAACACGUCUAGCUGUUGUUGAUGAACACAACACGUGUUUAGUUUAUGAUAUCAACACAAAAGAGCUCCUAUUCCAGGAACCUAAUGCUAACAGUGUGGCAUGGAACACUCACUACGAGGACAUGUUGUGUUUCUCUGGAAAUGGUUUACUGAAUAUAAAAGCCAGCAAUUUCCCUGUCCAUCAACAGAAACUACAGGGUUUUGUGGUAGGAUUCAGUGGGUCCAAGAUAUUUUGUCUACAUAUCUACUCCAUGUCAUCUGUUGAUGUUCCACAGUCUGCUCCAAUGUACCAGUACCUGGAGAAAAAACUCUUCAAGGAUGCCUACAAGGUAGCAUGUCUGGGUGUGACAGACGGUGACUGGGAGACUCUCGCACAUGAAGCUCUCGAAGGUCUCGACUUCGAUACUGCCAAGAAAGCAUUCAUCAGGAUCCGUGACCUGAGAUAUCUGGAGCUUAUUCACAAUAUUGAGGAGCGUAAGAAACGUGGUGAGAAUGACAAUAUGGUGUUCCUCGGAGAUGUUUAUGGUUACCAAGGAAAAUUCCAUGAGGCGGCGAAAUUGUUCAAGAAAUCUGGACAAGAACACAAGGCAAUGAACAUGUAUACAGAUCUCAGAAUGUUUGACUAUGCGAAGGAGUUUAUUGGUUCUGGAGAUCCUAUGGAUAAGAAAAUGUUGAUAACAAAACAAGCUGACUGGGCAAAGAGCAGUAAUGAACCCAAGGCAGCAGCUGAGAUGUACAUUAGUGCCGGGGAAUAUGUGAAGGCCAUAGAGAUAAUUGGUGAUCACGGAUGGUCGGAAAUGUUGAUAGAUUUAGCGAGAAAAUUAGACAAGGCUGACAGAGAGUCAUUAUCACGAUGUGCACAUCACCUGGGUAAACUGGAACAAUAUGGUUACGCUGCCGAGGUGUUUAGUAAAAUGGGAGAUCAUAAAUCACUGAUCAUGUUGCAUGUGGAAGCUAAACACUGGGAAGAUGCAUUUACCCUGGUAGAAAAACACCCAGAAUACAAAGAAGAUGUGUAUGUACCAUAUGCCCAGUGGUUGGCAGAAAAUGACAGAUUUGAAGAGGCUCAACAAGCAUUCCACAAGGCAGGCCUACAAGCGGAGGCAGUGAAAGUUUUAGAACAGUUAACACACAAUGCAGUGGUAGAGAGUAGAUUUAAUGAUGCAGGCUACUAUUUCUGGAAACUCUCCAUACAGUGCUUAGAUAUAGCUAGAGAAGAACCAGACAAGAGUGACGAGAUGUUGCCCAAAUUUUAUGAUUUCCAGAGGAAAGCCGACAUGUAUUAUGCUUACCAUUCCAUUCAGAGAUACACAGAUGAGCCGUUUACGUCACAUCUUCCGGAGGCGUUGUUUAACAUUUCACGUUACUUGUUACAUCAGAUGCAUGAUAACAUUCCACAUGGUAUUUCUAAAGCUGGCACAUUAUAUGCACUAGCAAAGCAGAGUAAAAACCUAGGGGCGUAUAAACUAGCUCGAUAUGCCUACGAGAAACUACAGAACACUCGAGUUCCACCAAGGUUCCAGGAGGCAGUAGAUCUAGGGAGUAUCAUUAUCAGAUCUAAGCCCUUCUUAGAUGGGGAGGAGUUGUUGCCGAUGUGUUACAGAUGUUCGACGACUAAUCCACUACUGAAUAAUGGAGGUAGUCAGUGUAUCAACUGUAAACAACCGUUCGUACAUUCCUUUGUCUCCUUUGAGGUGUUACCCCUGGUUGAGUUUGUGUUAGAAAGUGGUAUAACAGAUGAGGAGGCCAUACAGAUUCUAGAUCUUUCUAUACCUAAAGAAAAGAAAGAGGAGAAAAAUUGGCAGGAAUCUAGAAUGGGCAAUAUGCAGUCACUGAGACUUGGUGAUGAACAGGAGGAAGAGAUUGAAGAAGAGGAUCCUUUCUCUACUAAACUGAUGACCUUUGAUCAAGAGAGUACAGAGUUCAGACCUGUGAUUGUAAAUCGUAACGUGUUAAAGACGAUGUCUCGAGCAGACGUUUACAUCAGAAAAUGGCCGAAACCACUGCGCCAUCAAUAUUUCAGAUCGCUGUUACCAGAUGUGACGAUAACAAUGUGUCCUAGUUGUUCAAAGUUGUUCCACACAGAUGAUUUUGAACUACAGUAUUUACAACAUGGUCACUGCCCGUUCUGCAGGCACAAAAUUGAAUCCUAGAUCUGACGUGGAAACUUAAAAUUCUCUCUGAGAGACCUCAUGGUGCACCGUGUUCAACAGCUUGUUUAAACCUUCUCUCUGAAUAUGUGUAACUGGACCUUUGAGUUUUGAAUUUGGAACUUUGAACUUUCAAUGUGAAAAAAUUGAUCAGAGACUGGUCAAAUUGCAUGGAUAUGCAAACUGGCCCUGCUCUAUACUUGUAGUAAAGGCAAUUUCCCAGAGGGCCAGGGGUGAGGAAUAAAAUCUACUGUCUACAAAGUCCGUCCAAGACAAAAAAAAACAUAUCAAAUGUUUUAUUUGUUGUGCCUUCAAGACAUGUUACUUUAAAAUGAAAUCCAGAUAUAUUUUUUAAUUUAACUAUUAUUCAAUAUUAUUGUUUAAAUUCGAAGACUUAAACCUUCAGACAUAAAAACUUGUCAUUUUCAGAGACAAUUGUUAUAUAAUUCAAUUAAGAUAAUGUAGAAUAAAGUGUACAUUUUAUUAGUGGUCAAUGCUAGAAUUAAUCCUUAGAAUUUUAAUGAAAUAUCCUUGUGAAAUAGGAUUAAAAUGAUUUAAAUAAUAGCUUUUCUUUUUACAAAAGCUUCAAGUAUCCUUUGCUAAACCCAUCAAUAUUUGCUAUAUCCAGGUGUCUUUAAUCGGCACCAUUGAAGUAGAAAAAAACAGUACUUUACACCAGUUAUUACAUUUUAAGUAUUGAUACAGAAAUAUGGAUCUGUUAUGUUAAUUUCUUAGUUUAAAAACAUCAUUUACUUCCAUCCUUCCACACUUUACAGCUUGGUUCAGUUGUUUUUUAUAUUAAUUUUCACACAUCAACUCUUUGUUUAUUUAUUUUGUUAUUUGUUUCAUGAAAUUUGUCUUUAGUUAUACUGGUUGUGAUUCCAUAUUUUUUUUUAAAGAAUUAUCUAAUUUUAUAUUUGUAAAUAGUCUUUAUUUAUUUUGAAAAAACUCUACUCUUCCUCCACAUAUGAAUGAUUUUUAUAUUCUAAUAAAAUAAUGGAUAAAAUUUUA